CUGUAAAUAAGUGCUUUGAGAGAAGGGUAAGAAAGUCAUAGCAUGUGCUGAACUACCGUGCUUACGAGGGAUAUAUAGAUUUUAUAGCUUUCUAGGGUUUACUCAGCAACAGCAGCAACAACAGCAGCAGGAUCAGGCAGCCAUGGUUCUCAAGACCGAGCUUUGUCGUUUCAGUGGGGCCAAGAUUUACCCCGGUAAAGGCAUCAGAUUUAUUCGUUCUGAUUCUCAGGUGUUCCUAUUUGCUAAUUCAAAAUGCAAGAGGUACUUCCACAAUCGGUUGAAGCCAUCAAAGCUUACAUGGACAGCCAUGUAUAGGAAGCAACAUAAGAAGGAUAUUGCACAAGAGGCUGUAAAGAAGAGGAGACGUACCACCAAAAAGCCUUACUCUAGGUCCAUUGUGGGUGCCACCUUGGAGGUUAUCCAAAAGAGAAGAACUGAGAAGCCUGAAGUUCGUGACGCUGCAAGGGAAGCUGCUCUCCGUGAAAUUAAGGAAAGGAUCAAGAAAACCAAAGAUGCAAAGAAGGCAAAGAAGGCAGAAGUGAUGGCCAAGACACAGAAGGCAGGUGGUAAAGCUAAUGUACCUAAGAGUGGCGCAUCAAAGGGUCCCAAGCUUGGUGGUGGUGGUGGAAAGCGCUGAGCUUGUGAUCACUGCCCUGUUCUUUGCUAUUUGACAGGCUAGUUCAACCUUAUAUUUAUUUUUUUGCAAGUUGGAGUUGUAGGAUGGUUGUAUUUCUUUGGUUUUCCAGCAUAUUGGCCAGCAGUGCAGUGUUUCCGUCGUUGGUUCUUUUUUCCAUAUGAUGCACCUGAGUUUUGAAAUCUAGCAAUUUUAGCUACUUCUGGAUCUAA